AAAUACAGAAUAAACACAGGAGCAGAUGGCUGCAGCACUGGGGCCGGGGGGCCGGGCGCCCCGGUGUCCCGUCUCCAGCUGUAGCCAGAGGCAGAUGCUACCAGGAAAGCAGCGCAGGGAGCGGGAGCGCACACUGAGCCUCCCUCGCCGGUACCUUCCUGGCCUCCCACUCAGAGGCGCAGGGGCUAAGCAGUGAGACCAGGCAGUGAGUAAUACAUUAACUUUUCUCAAAAGCAGGGUGUAGUAUCACAAAGGCAUUCAUGCUAGCAGCUAUUUCAGCCUUCGGGGUCUGAUCUGUGCUAGGUUUUUCAUCCUCAAUUAAUUCCGAGUGUCCUAGCACCUCUGCUGCUCUUCAGCCUUCAAAGCAGUUAGUUGCCUCUGUGAAUCGUAUGCCCUGUUGGCUUGUAAGAAAUGCUGAGAAAUUUCAAUGACUGAAAAAUCAAAAGGCUUGUCUAAUACAACAGCACCCUCUUCCAAACACACUGACAUUGUAAUGUUUAAACAGCUGCAUUGUACCGUGCAAAAGCUCUGUCAAGCCACGGAGCAGCCAGCAUGAUCUAAACCUUUAGAAAGAGAGGAUAAAUAUUUCUGAUUUCCGCCCCAUGAGCAUGUGAAUUGUCCAGGCCCUUUCUAUCUAAUAAUCAAAACUGACUGUGAAGUGAAAGAACCUGAAAAAGUUCUGGUUUCUCUGAGAAGGAAAAAAAGAAAAGAGUCACAAAUGUAUGAACAUCUGGAGAUGACUGAAAACACAGAGGACUUCUGGAUCGAAGAUACGUGAUAGUGUAUUCAGUAGGUGAAGAGUGAAAUUAUCAUUGAUGUCCACAAUGCAGCUGCCUGUUGUACAUAUUUUCUUUAGUGGCUGAAGCCAAAGUUCACAGAACUAACAUAAGAUUUAGGAGUUAAAAGUCAUUUUAACAAUUCUUUUCUGUAAUAGUAUCCUACUGCUAGGAAAGAGGCAAAACCAUCCAGAGUUAAUCUUUAGCAAGCAGUUCAGAGUGAUCCAGUUUCUUCUCAUUCUCUCCAUUUAAAAAAGAGAGAAGAGAGAGUGGGAGCAUUUUGUACAACAGGUCAGGUUACUGCUGCGCUCUCAGUUUCCAGACCCAGGUCCUCGUUAAAUAAAGGUUCAGGAUGAUGCUGUUGUUUGGGUCAAACUUGUAAAAGAUGUGUGCAACAUAAUACAACCCAAACACAAUAUAAAACUUGCAGCUCUGUGUUUCUGCUAUAUAAGGGCCUCUGCUAGUGCUCAGUGAUGUCACUGAGUUUUGCUCCUGACUUCCAUGGACUUUAAAUCAGGCAUGAUAAGUGGAGGUGAAAACCCAUCUCCCCCUUGGCCUGGGGGGUGUGCAGCUGGCACCGGGACAAACCUGGGACUGCUCCCACCUCUGAAGUGCUUUGCCUUUCCAAGUUGUUGCGUUUUGAAACCCUGUUUCUUGAUGCCUGUUACAAACUGUAACAUGAUUUCUUUCUCCUCAUUUGUGGGUUUUUGUUGUGUUGUUCUUUUUUUUGGUGGUAGGCAAAAUGAAGAUAAUGAAGAAUUUUUGCCAACUGGAGAAACCUCCAUAGACUCCUACCCAAACUGGUUAAAAUUCCACAUUGGCAUUAAUCGGUACGAGUUGUAUUCCAGACAUAAUCCUGCAAUUGAGGCUUUACUACAAGACCUGGUCUCCCAAAAGAUAACCAGUGUUGCGAUGAAAUCAGGAGGCACCCAGCUGAAGCUGAUCAUGACGUUCCAGAACUAUGGACAAGCGUUGUUCAAACCAAUGAAACAAACCAGAGAACAAGAAACCCCACCUGACUUUUUUUAUUUCUCAGACUAUGAAAGACAUAAUGCAGAAAUAGCAGCAUUUCAUUUGGACAGGAUCCUGGAUUUCCGUCGCGUGCCACCGGUUGCGGGUAGACUGGUUAACAUGACGAGAGAAAUACGAGAUGUUACUCGUGACAAGAAACUGUGGAGAACGUUUUUCAUCUCACCAGCCAACAACAUCUGCUUCUAUGGGGAAUGCUCCUACUACUGCUCAACAGAGCACGCCCUGUGUGGAAAACCAGAUCAGAUCGAAGGGUCUCUGGCAGCUUUCCUACCUGAUUUAUCUUUAGCUAAAAGGAAAACCUGGAGAAACCCCUGGAGACGUUCUUACCACAAGCGGAAGAAAGCAGAAUGGGAAGUUGAUCCAGAUUAUUGUGAAGAGGUUAAACAAACACCCCCGUAUGACAGUGGGACCAGAAUUCUGGAUAUAAUGGAUAUGACAGUUUUUGAUUUCCUGAUGGGUAACAUGGAUCGACAUCACUAUGAAACCUUUGAGAAGUUUGGAAAUGAAACGUUUAUUAUCCACUUAGAUAAUGGAAGAGGGUUUGGAAAAUAUUCCCAUGAUGAACUUUCCAUUUUGGUGCCUUUAAACCAGUGCUGCAGAAUAAGGAAGUCUACCUAUCUGCGAUUACAGUUGUUAGCCAAGGAGGAAUACAAACUCAGUCUCUUGAUGAAGGAAUCUUUACAAAAAGAUAAAAUAGCUCCCAUCCUCUACCAGCCUCACUUGGAGGCGAUGGACAGACGGCUGCGGAUUGUCCUCAAGGCUGUUAGUGACUGUAUAGAAAAGGAUGGUUAUGACAAUGUGGUUGAAAAUGACUUUAACACUGAUGUUAACACUGUUACGACCGAGAGGUAGUAAAAUCGCAAGACUACGUUUUUACCAGUCAAGUAAAGAAGAUUCAAAGAGGAAAAAAAAAAAAUAUUAAGUCUUGCAAAAGACUGUGUAUGCCACUUUGUGAAUUCAG